AUGGCCAUGCCGUGGGAUGCAAGAUCGGACGCGGCAGUCAGGAGAGCGCUUCACUGGCUUAUGAAAACGCCUUUCAGGUCAGCUGGCAAGAUGGCUGUCCUAUGCUUGAUGCUCUUCGCUUUCAGGGCAUGGCCGCAAAGCGGCGUCGCGGACAUUCUCUCCACCAGGACUCGACAGGUCUUCGUAGCCCCAAGCUGCGUGUUCUGUAGCCAGGUGGUGCAUCCAGCUAUGAACCGUCGGUGCCUUGGCCCCUGUCACUGGGAAGGAGAGACGAAGCUGCAGGCGACCCGUGGAACAUCAGAUUGGAUGGCUGUUGAUGACAUCCAACAUACAUACGCCGCGAAAGAAAUCGAACAGCAGGUGGUCGCACGUCUUGCCACCCAAGCCGAUCAAGGCAUAGAACGUCUCACCACCUAUACAAUUUCUGGUGAAAACGUGACGAAACAGGCUGCCCUACAGAAGAAAUUUCCGUCCAGUUGGGAACGUCCGUCACCGUUCCGUUGGAAGUUCAAGCCGAAGAAAGGCCCACCUCCAGACCCGAUGGUAGUAGAAUGUGACCUUUACCUCAGGGGCACAGACCUGACGCUUGUCGAUUUGUUUAAAGACUGUGCGCAAGACGUUGUGCAAUUAGCAGGGACAAAGCCAUGGGAUCAGAUCCAAACAACUGCUGAUCUCCCGAUCAUUUUGGCUGAAGUUGCCGAGACUCCUGCCAGCUUGCAAGCGAAGCUAUGGCAGCUAGAGCGUGCUUUGACAUUUGGACCAGACCUGCAACAGGCUGCCUGCUGUGUAGUUUGCUUGAACGCAGACAGGAACAGUUUCCUAGCGGCUACCAAGGCUGCAACAAAGAGCCUACACAACUCCAACGCUAGCAACAAGCUUGCGCAUUUUGAUGUGUUUGCAAUUUGGACACAGUAUCGGAAUGUGUAUGCUGAGAUUCGAAGUGCAAGGGAUGGUUUACGAAACCUGACCUUUCAAGUCUCCGAUGUACAGAAG